AUGAAUCUGCUGGAUAGAUCAACUCAGAAUAAUCCGCGAAAUUAUACAGAAAUAAUGCAGCCGAAUGAUUUCGCUAAUAGUUAUAGCACAUUUGAUAAUAGAUCAGUGGAAUCAAAGCAAAGCAGUAGAAAUCCGAACGUAGAAUUUAAUGGCACGAACAAACCAUCAGUUUAUGGACAAAAACAGCGGUUGCAGUCGGGACAUGUAAGCGAAUCAGAAGGAGAACCACACAGGAGCAGAGAAUCAUCAUCCCAUAUUUGUCCGGAAAGGAAUUAUGCAAGUAGAUAUGGCAUGGAUUUUCAGCCGGAUCUUUUGAUGAAACCGGACCGGAGGAGACAUCGGAGACAUGAAAGACGACAUUCUCAUCGCAAUCGCCACCGCGUUUGGGAACAAGCAUUGACCGGUGAAGGAUACCCAACUGUACAAGGCGCGAUUUCUGCUAAUUCACCACUGGAAGAAAAGGUUUUACAGACGGUACCUCCUCCUCAAUCAACGAUACCAGGAUAUUCAACCUGGCCUGGGACAGUAGAUCAGAAAAGAAAGGGAAAUGAAGAAAAGAUUGAAGAAAAGGAGAAAUCGAGUGAAAAAGUUACAAAAUCAACAUCGGUGGAACAAAUGCAGCAAAAAACGCAGGAAACUAUAUCAAGAACAAAAACAAGCGAGGAAUCGUCUCCAGUCAAACGUGAGCCGAUCGAUGAUGACAAUCAACAAAUGCGACAAAAAAGAAAAAUAAUUCAGUUUAUCGAGAGAAUUGCGAAAGUUGGAAUGGAAAAGAUGAAAGAUGAAUUCGUCCACUGUCGAACUUUCAUCCCGAAUGCCGUUACUCGGAUUGCGCACGAUCAGAAUUUAAAAAGAUGCCGAUUUCCAGAUGUAAUAUGCAUUGACCAGACACGUGUUGUGCUCAAAACUAGGGACGGAGAUUCGGAUUUUAUACACGCAAGUCGAGUUCCACUCGGAGACAAUCCCAAUGAGAUUAUCAUCACGCAAUUGCCGUUAUCGAAUACGGUAAAACAUUUCUGGGAAAUGGUUUGGCAAGAAAAUGUUCGAACAAUAUUGUUGUUUUUAACGUUAAAUGAAUGGAAGCAACACGGCGAAAAUAUCCAGUUGAUUCCUGGAAAAGGAAAGUGUUUGCACAUUGAAGACAUUGCGGUGCUGACGCAUAAAAAUGAAGUUAAUAUCACACGUGAUUGGUUGGUACGUGAGUAUUACCUGUCAAAAAAUGAUGAAACACGUCGUAUUUUAUGGUAUCACUACAGUGCAUGGGAACCAAACAGAUCACCAAAAGACUGCGAACAUUUAUGGCCUUUACAUUCAUCUCUAAGAAAAAUGCACCGCCCAUAUGUAUGCAUGAGUCUUGCUGGCGCUGGAAGAGCUGGAUGUUAUGCGGCUUUAGAAUGGGCACAUUUAAUGCUUCAUGAUAAGAGAGCUUCAGCAAUAAACAUUGUUGAGUGUGUACGCAAAGUUCGUACGUAUCGAAUGCAUGCUGUACAAACAAUUGCACAAUUUCAGUUUCUCUAUAUGGGCAUUCAGCGUCACAUUUUCCUUGUUGAGAAAUUUAGAAAAGAAAUUUUGUCCGAGCAAUCAAUAUUUGAAGCGACAAAAAAGUGUUCUUUAAUUGAAUACAACUACUACCGAUCUGGCGGUUAUCCAACAGAUGAUGAUUUUGAUCUGUAA